GCUGCCACCACUCUGUAGCAGUGAGUGGCUGCAACAAAAAGCACAGAAUAACAUCCCUGACUCCCUGCUCUGCUUUUUUCUCUCUCCCUGCGUCUCAGCUAGCAGACGAGGGCUCCGCUCACAGCUCUGCAGAGGCUAUGCUGAGACUGAGCCGGCGUCGGAAGCAGGAUCUCUGGCUGCCAUCAACAAGUUAGGGUUGGAAGACCAUAGCCAUGAAAGAGAAACACUUGAUCUUCAAUUAACCAUCUGAGCUGACAUCAUUGCGGUGGAAGGGAAACAAAAGGGUAAAAAAAAGAAAAAGAAGAAAAAGGGAGAGGGGGGGUCUGUUCGCUGGAGUCGCUCUGGAUGCAACUGAUCAACUUAAAAAAAAUUAUAUAAUUAUUUAUUUCAAGGAUUCGUGAGUUGAAGGAAAAAGAUUCAACCUUUUCUUUGAGCUUGGAUUUUAAAGGACUAAAGCAACUAACAGGAAUAAACAUCAUCUUGGGACAUGGAAUUUCAUAUUUUGUUUCAAUUGGGUGGGUUCAGAAUUGCUGUAUUUCCAAAGAGGCUGAUUCCUUUUGUGCUUACUCAAAAGGGCUUUUUCCCUUUGGAUUUUUCUUCCAUCUGGUUGCUCCAAGAGUCUGCGGAAAAGGACAGUUGAAUGCAGCCUCCGAUGUGCACAAAAGAAUGGGUUUCCAUUCAAGGUGGCCAUUGGUGGGACUUGCACCAGCGGCUGUAUGUGUGAUCAGCAUGCUCCUAGCGUGCCUGCUGUCUCCUGCAUCGUGCACAACCUGCCCUCAAAAAUGCCGCUGUGAGGACCUGCAGUUCUACUGCGACACCCAGGGGCUUACGGCACCCCCAGAUGGUGUGGACAAGGGAGCCCUGGGGUUGUCACUACGCCACAAUAGCAUCACUGAGCUCAGCCCUGAUCAAUUCUAUGGCUUCAGCCAGCUCACCUGGCUGCAUCUCGACCACAACCAGAUUACCACAGUACAAGAGGAUGCCUUUCAAGGGCUCUAUAAACUGAAGGACCUCAAUCUGAGCUCCAACCGUAUCACCAAGUUGCCCAACACAACCUUCAUCCACCUCAUCAACCUCCAGAUACUGGACCUGUCUUUCAAUCAGAUGACUGCAUUGGAACCUGAACUGUUUCACGGAUUGAGGAAGCUCCAGAUACUCCACCUCCGCUCUAACUUACUUCGCACCACACCUGUUCGAGCAUUCUGGGACUGCCGCAGCCUGGAAUAUCUGGGCCUAAGCAGCAACCGGCUACGGAGCCUGGCCCGGAAUGGAUUUGCUGGGCUCAUCAAGCUUAAAGAGCUCCACUUGGAACAUAAUCAGCUGACCAAGAUUAACUUGGCCCAUUUCCCUCGUCUUGUUGCCCUCCAGUUUCUGUAUCUGCAAUGGAAUAAGAUCAGCAACCUAACAUGUGGCAUGGAAUGGACCUGGACCACUUUAGAGAAGCUGGACCUGACAGGAAAUGAAAUUCGUGUCCUGACACCUGAUGUAUUUCAAACGCUGCCAAAUUUAAAAAUUUUGCUUCUGGAUAACAAUAAACUAAGCAGUCUAGAUCCUCAAGUCAUGGAUAUGUGGCAGUCUCUGGGUACCAUUGGGCUGUCUAGCAACCUUUGGGAAUGUACCAAAAGGAUUUGCUCUCUGGCCACUUGGCUGAGCACCUUUAAGGGAAGGUGGGAACAUUCCAUUCUCUGCCAUAGUCCUGAAUAUGCCCAAGGUGAGGAAAUACUUGAUGCCGUUUAUGGAUUCCAGCUUUGCCAGAAUUUUUCCGCGCCGGUUGUUCAGACCGUUAGUACAACCACAGACGCUACUACAGCUGCAGAGAUGACAAGCUCCUUGUUUGGAAUUAUGCAGCCGACCCCCACACAGGACUAUGCAGAGGAUUUUGGGAGCUUUACCACAGUCAUUACCACAACAACCACGACACAAACACCACGCACUACUCAAGCAACCACUGCUCCAUUGGAAGAGGCAGCUGUAACGGAUGAUUUCUCAGCUAUGGACAACACUGUUAUGACUCAUAGGGUUAUCAUUGGAACUAUGGCCCUUCUAUUUUCAUUCUUUUUCAUCAUUUUCGUUGUGUAUAUUUCACGGAAGUGCUGCCCUCCCACCCUGCGCCGGAUACGCCACUGUUCGGCGAUUCAGAACCGCAGACAGAUGAGGACCCAGCAGCGGCAGCCUAUGGCAGACCUGGCCACACAGGUACCCUAUAAUGAGUAUGAGCCCAGCCAUGAGGAAGGGGCACUCGUGAUCAUCAACGGCUAUGGGCAGUGCAAGUGUCAGCAACUGCCUUACAAAGAGUGUGAAGUAUGAACUCUUAUUUAUUCCUAGAGCAUAUGGUUUGUCAUUUGACCAUUUCAGAUGAUACAGGGUUUGCUUUUUUGAUUUUUUUCCAGUUUAUGUAAAAAGCAUAAUUUCUACAAGUGAGAUUUGAGAAUAUGUGAGAAAUGUUGAAUGCUACAAUGACAGAGGCUGGACAGUUAAGGGAAGAUGUAGAGAUAGUCACAAAUUUAUUUUUCUAUGAAUGCAAGGUUGUUCAUAUCAGGCAGGGGCAAUCAUUUUAAAGAAGAAAAAUUGUAAACUGUGAGAUUUGUCUCCACAUUGUCUCUAUAUUCUGCAGCACAGAGAAACUACUUCGCCAAAUGGCCCUCUGCUAACAGAAUACAUUAAGUGAAGAAAUGUGAUUUAUGUCGUAUUUCUUUUAAAAGGUAAAUAUUUGAAAUCAUGUUUCUAACUGCACCACAGGCACUGUCAGCCAAUCACUCAGUCACUGGGGAAAUGAAUUGGAUCAAUCUUUAGGAUGUUUUGUUUGAUAGUUUCAUUGUUUUGGGAGACCUAUGAUACAUUAAAGGCCACGAAAACCAAACACAAACUCUGACUGUAAAAUAAAUGUCAUUAUUGUUAUGUUACAAAUAAAGAUAAAUUCUCUAUUGGGAAGAGAGAAAUCCUGAAGUUCUAUUCAGUAAACACUAAUGAUAUUACUUUUACCAGAUCAGACAUGAUUCAGUUAGAUAAAUCAAUAUCGUUCCAUCAGAUCAAAAGGCUCUUAGUGUUCCCUUCUAAAAGAAUAUAUUUGGGUGGCCACUUAAAAAAAAACAGCUGUCCUUAGCCAAAAAGAGAUUAUUGUUUUGUUUUUAGAAAUUUGGAUUCCUUCCAAAAGUUCUUCUGUGUGGAAAUGCAACUCAAAGUGUGUACCGAGAAUGGAGAAUUUAUGUUCAAUUAUAUAAAUUGAAAAAAUUACCUCUUUAAUCAGACGGUAGCUCGUAAAUGCAAUGCUGUUAUGCAGCUGACUCAAGUUGUUGGAUGUUUGAGCUCCCGCCCACGAGGGCCAACCGCCACAAAUACAUUUUCAACCUAUGGGACACACUAAGCAUUGUUCAACUGUGGUUAAUCUUCAAUAUACUACACUGCUUAGCUUAGCAAAAACUCAUGGUUAUCAACUUCACAUUAGACUUGCAGGACAAAUUAUUAGACCUUAAAUGUACAAUGAUCCGUACAUGGAUUCUCAAUUUCCCAAAUGCCAUACAAAAUGUGACCACAAUAUUUCUUAACCUAGUAAAGUACAAUUUCCUGAUUUGCUAUUAUAUACCAGGAUCGAUAUACAGAGGAACUCGUGUGCAGGUGGCAAGUGAAAGGGCAAUGAACAGUGCAAAUGCAUUUCACUCUGAAAAUAAAACCUUUCCCAGUAGCCCACGCUCUUUACCACUUCCACACUAAUCAGGACUGACAGCCUCAAGAUUGAACCAAUUAAGGCAAGGCAAAAAGAAUCUAAUAUUCUGUCACCCACACCAGUGAUCCAGCAACAUUUAGCUGUUCAACCACUCAAAAAUAGUUCUAGUAUAGUCAUCCUUGACACCAAACAAAAACAUCACUGACCCUUUUUUUUUAAGACAUUGUUCUUGUUGGGGAAUUAUCAUUUCAGUCUUGAAAAUGUUUUUACAGAGAAUAAUAAAUAGUAUAGCAGUUCCUAGGUUAGCCUUCGCAAGUGUCAAGUUAAACUGCGGUCAAUACCCUUAGAGCAAAUGGAGAUCCACUGAUAAGCAAACAGCAAGCCUGGGUCAGGACACAUUUGUAUGCAGCAGGGAGAGGAUGUGCAUUAGCAUCAGACUAAAGCUGCUGCCGCAGCUUCGCACUUCUUUGUGUUCAAUUUGGUAGUGGGGGCAGGGAGAGAGAGAGGGAUUGAGAGGAAUUGAUGGGACGGCGGAGAAGGGGUAUAACUAUGGGGUAAUAUCUUAGUUUAUUAAAACCAAUGAGCACCCUUCUGGGCAAGUAAAGGUAGUAGAGAAAGGAAUAACUGAAUAAUAGCACCUUGGGCUUGAAAUGCACACUGACCACACAGCAGUAACAAUUUCACUCCUUGUCAACUAAUGAGCCAUCCAGUGUUUGAACAUCAAAAAAAUUCAAGUCAAAUUCUUAACACUGGAAAUAAGAAUAUGACAUGUAAUCAUAUUCUUGACUGCUAACACUCUUUUUUUCCCCAACUUUUAGACGUGCUUAUCAAAGUCGGCAAUUAUGAUUGGCAGGAUGCUUCUGAGAGUGUAUCACCUGUAUGUGAGAUGUUUGGUUUUGAACAAUUAGGAUGCAGUUUAUUGGCUGAUGCCCCCUAGAGGUAGGCAGAAGGUACCAUUUGUGGCUUUGUCUCUAUUGAGCUUGUCAAAAUUUGGCUUCAGACUUCUAAAUGAAUGCUUGUUUGUCAAUGUGUUCCAGCACAUGCUCAUAGGAUGCCUAAAACAACUUAAAAAAAAGUGCUUACGUAAACCAAAAAUUGUUGCACUUCAUGUUUGAAUUCAAUGAAAACCAUUGCAUACACUGAUCAUAAUUCCAAAGCACCUCCACUUUCUAAUUUAGUUUUCUUCCAGCUUCGCACUGCUUUUACUAUUGCCCUUCUAAACUGUUUUGCAUGUUCAAAAGUCAAAUUGAGUUGAGUAUUUCUGAAUGUCAUUCAGCAAACAUUAUGGAGAGACCUCAUUUUUGGUAACUCCAAGAAUGGAGAUAUAUAGGGAAUUCUUAUAAAGCUCUGUCGAUCAUUUGACAUUUCACUGUUUAAGACUACGGUUGUACUAAGAGACUGAAAAUCCACAAAAUUUGUAGAAAUAUGCAUCCCUUUGCACUCUGGCUCUUUGUUAACUGUUUUUGUUUCCUCUUGUCAUCCUCUAGCCCUUGUCCCCACCCUGCCUAAAAAUAAUUAAAAAAAAGAAAAGAAAAAAAACAAGUGAACCAAUCCCCUCUCUCUUACCCAACCUCUUUGUGCAAAAUGAAUGCUUUUCUCUUCCCAUUUUCCUUUUGUAUUGUAAUAUGUACAAUUUCAUAUCUGUAUAGUGGAUAAGAUGUGCCAAACUGAAAAAAAAAAACAUUGUCCCCUCAAAACAUAUAUUUUUUAAAUAAAAUGGUUAUAAUUUACAAAGUGUUUGCUAACUGA